CCCCUCCAUCUCCCCUGGCCCAUUCUCUGCAAAGGGCAUGGGCUGCAGUCCGCAGCAUGGAUCACCCUGGCUGGCUUACGGGCUGCCUCUCGGUCCCUCCCUCUCGGGAACCGGACCGACCGGUUCGUUCUCAGCCAUGGAGGAGAGCGAAGGCGAGUGGGAGAGCUUGGUCGCAGAGGGAGACUUACAAGCCCGGGGGGUGGCGGACUCCAGGGGUCGCGGGGGAGUGGCCGAGCCCAGAGCCUUGACCCAGCCGCCCGGCCACAGCUCGGGGGCUCCGGCUGCAGCUAACCCAGAUGAGAAGACGAUCAGGGGCGUGUCCAAUGAACUGACGGUUAUUGCUGACACAGCUCAACGGCAUCGCUUUCCCAGAGCUGAAGACAAUUCCUGUGGGCAUGAAAUGGAACCAAGGCAACAGACGACUGGCCCGGUCUCCCUCGAAUCGGACUUCUUUGUAUCGAUGAAACUUGCUGCCGUUUUAGCUUUCAUCUUUGUCGCCGUCACCAUCUUAUUGGUCUGCUCCAAGCAAAACGAGCCACUUCCCAUCCACCCCGCCUCACCGAAGUUCAUUCAGCAACACGCACUGAAUCAAAAGCUUCAUAAACUGAGGUUGUUUUUCCCAAGACAGUCAGACAGUUUCUGGGCAGCACUGGAGAAGAUUUUCAAUCAGCUUCCCGCUGACCCUGGUCAGAGACUCCAAGCUCGGUUAGUUGGAGUUGGAUACGGAGAUUCAUGGAACACCAUGCUUUGCCUCUGCAAGACUAUUACGAGUUUAUUGCUAGUUGGUGCCGGUGAUCUGGGUCCAGAUGGGGUGAGUAAAAUGUGGGAUGACAGCCAGGUUCUCUGGUCACAAGGCGGUUCCUCUCCCAGACCAGGCACCACCAACGUUAUAAUUGCAGAAAUUGUGAAAAAUCACACCUGUACUGUAACCCUGAGCCUACAUCCAGUCACUGAGCCAACAGAUGCACCAACAACCCUCAUCUCAGUGGGGUCUAUUCAAGCGCAGCCCAAGCAGGAGAUAUUUCCUUCUAAUUUCACGCUGAGAAUCUUGGCCAAGGUUUUGCGCCAUCUUAACCAAACAGUCCCCAUUAAUGCAGACAUCCCAAACACUAUUGUUGUAGUAGUGAAUCCGGAGGACCACUUGGAGAGGGGCUUUCUCUGCUGAGUCUGGUCAUUUUGAUGGCUAGUUUCGCCUCGACUUUAUUCGGUAAAGAACUCAGGAAAGAAAAGUAUAGUAUAAGCAGUUUGUGACUAGAACAAAAGGUGAGUGUUGAUAGUGGUUGACAGGCAAAUGUGUGGAUAACGUUUGAGGAUCAGCACUGUGAACAGAGGAUCUCAGGUCUCAUGGCACGUAGAAAAGUACAGCACCAGAACAAGCCCUUCGGCCCACAAUGUCUGUGCCAAACAUGACGUCAAGCUAAACUAACCUCAUCUGCCCACACAUGAUCCAUAUCCCCCCCAUUCCCUGCAUACCCAUGUGCCUAUCCAAAAGCCUCUUGAACGGCACUAUCGUGUUUGCCUCCGACAAAACCCUUGGCAGCGUGUUCCAGGCACCCACCACUCUCUGUGUAAAACAAACUGGUCCCAACCAUCUCCUUUCAGCUUUGCCCCUCUCACCUUAAAGCUAUGCCCUGACGAUUUAUGAUUUUUGCACCCUGGGGAAAAAGAUUUUCUGCAUGUCUACCCGAUCUAUGCAUCAAAUAGUAACUGAGGGAGCAGCACUUAGAUUAAUGUUGGAUGUAAUGUUGACAUUUGCUGCAGUUUGAUAAGUUAACUGAGUGUGUGAUUCAUACUGACCUUGAACUGAAGGAUGUCUGUGCUGCCUGGAAAUCAUUUUAAGAUUUGUAUUGUAGUAUGUUACCAAUUUGAAAUGAAUCUCAGUCAAUGUACAAAUGAUAGU